UGUCUCAAAAAACAAAGCAAAAUAAACAAAAAAUAAUUUGAAGAUUGUACUGGGUCCUUUCACAUAUUCCAGAGCCUGAAGGUUUUGCUCAGCUUCAAUCCUCUGUGGGAUGCAGAGGUUCAGCCCUCUCCUCAUCAAGGGUCUAGAAGGAAGGGAGAUUGGGACGCAGACACGCACGGAGCCAGGACCUCCUGAGGACAGAGGGCCGAGACGCCAUCUGCUGGCCAUGCGGAGAGGCCGCAGGAGAACCAGUCCUGCCCACUCUGGAUCUCAGACUCCGGCCUCCAGAACUGCGAGAACAUCACCCUCUAUCAUUUAAUCCACUCCUCUGAGGUGCUGUGCUAUAGCAGCCCCAGUGGGCCAAUCUACUGUGCUUCUCCUGGCGCGCUCCCAUCUCCAUGGCGACCUCCGAUCUACCCAAUCUGUUGGUGCAGCUUUGCAUCUUCUCCUCCAAGUAGUAUCUGUGCCUCUCGCGUUCCGCCUGGGUGGCUCUGAGACAGAGCAGGGGUGUAGGACACCCAGCGAAUGCCCAUGGAGAAAUGGAGAAUUGCUUGCUGUGGAAAAAACCUCACACAUUCAGCGUUGGAAGUAUUGUUUAAGUACAGAAGUGAGGUUUUGAUUAACCAGCACUUCUCUUUUCCUGCAUACCCCUAAUUAUUCUCUCCUCAGUAACUGUUUCUUCCAUUUUCUGCACUUUCUAAUCAAGAAAGAGCCUGACACCUGUUUCCUGGACCCUAAAAUUCACAGGAUGGGCCCUCUGUCUCCCGCAGAAGGUUGGAGCUGGGGACCAUCCAGACCUGCACCUUUCUAAGAGUCUACUGCUAUCACACCGGUAGUAGCUUCUGAAAACUGUAAGGACCGGCCAGUUUCUCUUACCUGAUUGGCUCAGGCUUCAUUGUCCCUCCCUCUGCCCAUCCUCAAUAAAGUCUCUGCUGAAGGCCAACGGCCUGACUGACUGCACAGGAAGCCGGGCGCCUGCAACAGGAAACGGGUCGUAGUUGGUGGUGUGGGCAGGAUGGAAGGCAACUUCUCCAUCCCUCUAAAUGGAACUGAAGACAUGACUUAUGAAUCGUCAGGCUAUGGUGUCCUGCGGAUAAUCCCAUUGGUGGUACUAGCAAUCACCUUUGUCCUCGGUGUGCUGGGCAACGGACUGGUGAUCUGGGUGGCUGGAUUCCGCAUGAAACACACAGUCACCACCAUCUGCUACCUGAACCUGGCCUUAGCCGACUUCUCCUUCACUGCCACCCUACCUUUCCUUAUUGUCUCCAUGGCCAUGGGAGAAAAGUGGCCAUUUGGCUGGUUCCUCUGCAAGUUGAUUCACAUCAUUGUGGACAUAAACCUGUUUGGAAGUGUCUUCCUGAUUGCUCUCAUCGCCCUGGACCGCUGUAUUUGUGUCCUGCAUCCAGUGUGGGCCCAGAACCACCGCACCGUGAGUCUGGCCAGGAAAGUGAUCCUCGGACCCUGGAUCCUUGCCCUAGUCCUUACCUUGCCAGUUUUCAUCUUCUUGACCACAGUGAGUGAUCCAAAUGGAAAUGUGUACUGCACCUUCUCCUUUGCAUCCUGGGGAGACACUAUCGAGGAGAGGCUGAAGGUGGCCAUGGCCAUGUUGACAGCUAGAGGGAUCAUCCGUUUCAUUAUUGGUUUCAGCAUGCCCAUGUCCAUGGUCGCCAUCUGCUAUGGGCUCAUCGGGGCCAAGAUUCACAGAAAAGGCAUGAUGAAUUCCAGCCGCCCCUUUCGGGUCCUCACUGCGGUGGUGGCUUCCUUCUUCAUCUGUUGGUUCCCCUUCCAACUGGUUGCCCUUUUAAGUACUGUCUGGCUCAAAGAGAUGUUGUUAGAGCAUAAGUACAAAAUCCUUAACAUCCUGGUCAACCCGCUGAGCUCCCUGGCCUUCUUCAACAGCUGCCUCAACCCGAUGCUCUACGUCUUUGUGGGGCGGGACUUCCGGGAGAGACUGAUCCACUCCCUGCCCGCCAGUCUGGAGAGGGCCCUGAGUGAGGACCCAGCCCCAACUAGUGACACAGCCCCCAGUUCUGCUGCUCCUCCUGCAGGCGGGGAGUUAAUAGCAAUGUGAGGAGCAGCUCAGGUUCGUUCCCAGUCCUACUCUGAUCCAGUUCCAGCUAUAGCUCACCUUGAGUCAUAUGACUCAACACCUACAAUUUAUCUCGCUUGAUUUGCUUGGAAUGACUGUGAUUGAUUAUUCAGAUAGGAUUCUCUUGUUUUAUUUUCCUCUAAUGUCUUUGUUUAACACUAAAUUGAUAAUAGUCUUCUAAAAGGAAUGGGAACUCCCCAAAUCUA